AUGGCCCUCGCAUGGAUCGUCUCCGCACUCGCCCUCCACGCCGCGACAGCGCUCGCUCACCCACUCGCGCGCGCCGCGACGGAACCCGACCCGGACAACUUCGUGAACGUUUCGCUCGCUGGAAAGACGUACACGAACAAGGAAAGCUUAUCGCCAUCGGUGGUAUUCCCGACGCGGUCUGAUCUUCUCCCACCAACAGGGUCUAGUUGCGUUUGGCCUGAUCCCUCCAACUUUACCGAAUCCACCGGGGACACCCUUGGCGGCAUCGGGAGCGGCGUCGCGCUCAAGCGGGGUUCAUUCAUCCAGCAAUCAGAUGGCACAUUCACUGGCACCAUUGUCGUCCAGCCCGAUCGUGGCUUCAAUGUGGACGGCACGAUCGACUACCAGGCUCGCCACCACAACAUCGACUUCGUUCUUUCGCCAUACUAUGGCGACGACGACCUCGACUUUGAUGACGCUCUUGAGACGCUCCAGCUCACCUACCGCGACACGCUGCUCUACACGGAGCGCAACAACCAGAAGACCACUGGUCUCGAUGCGACUGGUGUCCGGCCGGCGGCCUUGGUCGGUCAGGUCAUGGACCCACCUUUGCCCAUCGCCCCUUCAAACAGUCAUCUUACCAUCGACGCUGAGGGCCUCGUCAUCAACUCGGAUGGCACGUUCUGGACGAGUGACGAGUAUGGUCCUUACAUUUACCUCAUGAGCGCCGAGGGUUCGCUUCUCAUGGCCAUUGAACCUCCUAAUGCUAUCCUGCCUAUGGUCAACGGCCAGAUCGAUUUUACGUCUGUCGAUGACCCUGACACUGGCCGUUCGGGCAACCAGGGUUUCGAGGGCCUCACUGCUGAUCCCACCGGCAACACUCUAUACGCCAUGCUCCAGUCCGCCACCAUGCAAGACGGCGGUGGCGAUAAGGACACUGAACGCUACACGCGCCUCCUCGCCUGGGACGUCUCCUCGCCUCUCUCUGGCCCGCCCCCACUCAUCGGCGAGUGGGUCGUCCCACUUCCGCUCAGCUCCAAGGGCAAGACCUUCCCGCAGAGCGAGAUCCACUUCGUCAGCGAGGACGUCUUUCUGGUACUCUCGCGCGACGGCGACGGCCAUGGGGGCGACGACAACAACUCGGCGUACAAGCAGGCGGAUCUCUUCGACAUCUCGGGUGCAACCGACAUUCACGGCACCAAGUUCGACGAUCCGAGCAACCCGGUUGCGCCGAACGGCAAGCUUGACAAGAGCGUCACCCCGGCUCAGUACGUAGGGUUCGUGUCCUUCAUUGACGAUGACCAGCUCGCGCGCUUCGGCCUCCAUAACGGCAAGCCCGCGGACCAGACGCUGAUCGAUGCCAAAUGGGAGUCCCUCGCGCUUGCUCCGUGCAACGAUCCAUCCUUCCCGGAUGACUACUUCCUCUUCACGGUGGCCGACAACGACUACAUCACCACCGACGGCAGCAUGUUGGGUCAGCCGUACGACGCCGGACUCGACAACGAUAACCAGUUCAUGGUUUUCCGCGUCACCCUCCCGGGCGCGACGGUCAACAUCGCGUGA